GAAGCUUCAUGCUCUCGUUUUCUUUUCGUUCCGACGGGCAGAUUUCAAGUUUUGCAGCCGAGGUCCAGCUUGUUUGCGAAACGCGAAAGGGUCCAUUUCCGCGAAGUUCCUUGGAGUCAAGCCCUUGCGCAGUAUCUUCGGGACGAUAAGUGUAGAUCAGUCGGAUAGUCAGCAGUGCGUUUUCUGCGUUUCCACGGCGCGACAAAGCUACCAUCAAGGCGGCGGUGUUUGUGUGUGUGUGUGUGUGUGUGCGCAGUCAAAAACAAAAGCAAAACAUGGCCGUGCCGUCCCGUUGGCGGAGGUGCUGAGGAGGUCAGAACAGAGAUGUUCCUUUGUGAUCUGGGCCGACGCGAAAUGACUUGAACGAACUCUGAUCGCGGGAUGAGCCCGAGCUUCGUACACGACAGUUGUGUGGGUGAUGUGGACCGUUGUGGUCGAAGAUCGCCGUAGCGAGGAACGCAAGCAGGGGGAGGCCAGCGUUCGUCAAACGCGCUGUCCCUUGUGGAGUGAGUCGAGGAUUGUAAAAAGUGGAACCGUGGUUUGUACGAUUCCGAUAGUUUGUGGCGCUGGCUGAGUUUCUGAUCUCGGACUUUUGGGAGCGCUGCACAGGCCUCACCAGUGGCGAACAUCCUGUGUGUGACUCACGGCCGCUCUCCCUGUGGAGCGCGAGCAGAGGCGCAUGCAGACGAUGGCACGGUUGGUGCCACCGUGCCAAGACGACAGCUUGGUGUGAACGUACUUAGAGUGCGCGGAGCGAAUAUGAGGGGCGACGUGCUACCGCCGAAGCGGCAGGCUGUCGUCGACCGAUUACGGCGACGAAUCGAACUUUACCGCCGACACCACAACGCCACACUGCCGCGUUUCGAGCAGGCCGCCAAUGCUGUCUACGAGGACCAGCGACAGGAAACACUAUUGCUGAAGCAGCGCUAUUUGGAAUCCAAGGUGAAAAAAACUAAAAAAAGCGAAAGCAAGUCAUCCGGAUCGGCAGCUACAUCAUCCGCGGAUUCCCACAAGAACCUCCUCCAGAAGUCCAACAAGAGGCCAGCUGUGAACAUUGAAGCAUCCCAUGAUCCAGCUACUGACACAGGGCAGUCUGAUGACAAGGACCACAGGCUUACCAAGAUGGCUCGAAUGAGCAGCUCCACUUCAGAUAAACAAGUGCUCCAGCAACAGAAGCAGAUGAGCUUGGACUCUCAGCAAAUGCAGAUUCCUGGCUUUGAAUGCAUCAAACAGCAAUCUGUUGGACCUUCCAUUACACCUAAGUCUCCAGUUUCAGCAGGGACCAGCCACAACCCAUCUGCACUGCUAUGUAAUGUGAAGCAAGAAUGUGAUAGCCUUGGAUAUUGUGGUCAAACCAAUGACUGUGCACGUUCCCAGGAAGCCACUACUUCAGCUGCAGCAGCUCAAGAUGAGAGUGCAGAUACUGGAGAAAAGUUUCUCGAUGGAUUUCCUAAUCUGGGCCUGCCAGAAGAUUCUUCUGAAGUUUGGGUAGACAACCCUGAGAUUCUGCGGCACCUCAUUGAUGACAUAACAAAUCCAUCAGAUUUGAUGACUGAUUUCAAUUUCAACUAUAGUAUGGAGGGCAUAAAAAAUACAGAAGAAACAGUCAAAAUUGAAGGUAUGAGCAACACUUCCUUAAAUGAAAAGAAAAGCAGGCAGCAACACACAGGAUUUAGUAGCAGCGAGUCAUUCAUAGCUACAAGUCAAGCAUCGCAGCAGGUGCUGGUAUCACCGUAUGAGCAACGGUCUUCAGCUGCAAUGGACAGCCUUGCUGCAAAUGCUCCAUGUUUGCCUCAGCAGAGCUUCUCCUCAAGCAAUGCACGUCCUGGCCAGUUCUCAGCGUCAAAUAUAGGCAGCCUGGAUUUCAAGCUUUCGGAGCCAAGCCCUGCAGCACAGACAUUAAAACAAAUGGCAGAGCAGCACCAGCAGCACAAGCAAGGUCAUGACAAGCACUCAAUUGGCCUGGGUGUACCUCGACCAAACUUUUCCCCCGGUGAUGGUUUUGAUGUUUCCCUAGCAGCAUCACGCAGUUCAAUCUUUAGCACUACAGAUAACUCUCUUAACCCUUCCAAGGUGAUGCAGACAUCAAACAUGUUUCCCAAUGUGGGCUUUGGAAACCAAGCCUUGACGACAACGAUUCAGUCCAAUUUUCGAGCUGACAAUGCAGUGAGGGCUGCGAAUUCCUUGUCAGGUGUUGCUUUUGGCAAACCUAAUGGUGCUCAAAGCCCCUAUGUGGUAUCUAGUAAUCCUCUUGAUGCAGCCAGAUGCCAAGCUCUCUCUCAAAUGCCACUGCAACUGCAAGAACAGCAGAAGUGUUCACCUAAAGGAGUGCAGUAUGCCAAUAGCAGCACUGACGAGAAGACGGUUUUCGUGAACAAUUUUAAGGCAAGCUUGGCGCAGUUCAAUGAUGCCAACAGUGCACCAUCACCUCCCCUCGUCAAGAGCCCAUCACAGUUUCCAAAACAAAUAUCAUCUCCCAUGGCUUCACAAACAUGCAGGUUGAUUGGCCCAUCUAACCACAGCACUAUUCAGGCAAAUGCAAUGCAGCAGCAGCAAGACAUGAAGGACAAAAAAGAGAUCUCACCACUGAAUAUAUCAUCAAAUCCAUCAUAUGCAGAUGCACUAGCAUUUUCAAGCGGGAACGUGAGAGGCAUGAACCGGAGCAGUAUCGCACCUGCAGCUCAUUUCCCGGCACCGCAGCAACAGCAACAAGCACAAAUGCAACAGCACAGGGAUAAGCAGGGCUUCUCACAGGUGCAGUUCAUAGAAGCAAACCAGCUUACUCAGCCACCAUCUUCAUCACCAACGGACGUUAAAAUCCACCGACUCCAUUACAGCCAGAACAAAAGCUCAAUUGUUGCACAACACCACCUGCAACACUACACAGCUCGGGUCCAGAAUGCAAUGGGCUUGCAGGGACUGCCACAACAGGGACCACUGCGUGUGGCUCGGCCUGCUGUGUCCGUAGCCAGCAGCCAGCUUCCUUCUCAUCCCCAACAAUAUGUGCAACGCAUGGCAGCCAGGCAGCCCGCCAACAUGAGCUCUGUCCCAUUCCAAAAUCCUGGUUCACUGAGCUUCAACACAUCUAGAAUGCCUCUGCCAGUGAGAGCUUCAUCUCCGCAACAAAUGUCGGGGCCUGUCAGGCAUCCACUGUCAGCAGCCUCUGUCACUGCGACCCAGAAACCCUUGUACACAAAUGCUGCCAUGAGGCCGCAACUACCAGCAGACUUUGCUGCUUCACAGCGUGAAUGGCAAUGUGCAAUGGGCCAAGGCCAGGCAAUGCAGCAAACACAGUCUCAGCAACGGGUGUGCUUCCAGCCACAGACAUCACAGGCGCAGAACAGGGUUGCCUUCAGCACAAUGCAGCCAGGUUCAUCACCUCGACCACCACCAUUCCAGCUACCGCAGAUGAGUGUGCAGCAACAGCAAGCCAUGACGACAGCACUGCCACCACUCCCUCAGUUGCAGAUUCCUCCACGUAGCACAGCACCGCAGACAAGCACCUUCUCACCAUCAUUCACAUCAAGCAUUGCAGACUUUAACCUCGAGUUUCUGGAGAGCAUCGAGAAUAGUGAUUCGGAUCUGCUGAACUUCGACCCUGUCAACUCAAACUUUGGAAUACUCGACGAUGUGCUUGGAGGCAAGUGAAAAGCGUGUGCGAGUUCCGUGGACAUUGACUCAUUUUCUUUGUUUUUUAUACAUACAAUGUACACUGCACAUUUUGCAUGACUUUUUGUAGACAACUCAAAUGAUAUUACUUAUUCCACAUAUUCUCAACAUUGUAUGAAUAACAGCACAUUGUGUUAACUGAAGGCAUUCGUUUACACAACAUUGAGCAAGAGUGAGCUGUUUUUUCAACAAGGGCAUAAGCUGCACCCUUGGUUUUAUUCCACUGGUGUCUCUUUUAUGCACCACAUGACUGCCUGUAAAUAAUGGGUUUCUACUGUAGUAUAAUUAUAUAUAUGUACAUCUAUAUAUAUUAUAUAUAUAUAUACUUGUGUUCUUGUUUUUAUACAUCAGAAACAAAAGUUGUUGCCAAAUCCUGUGAGAGCUACGCAGCCUUGCAGUCAAUUAUGCAAUUUUCAAAAUAAAGAUGAAGCCUGCCUUAUCUUCACAGAA